AUGAAGGAAUGGCUAAAAAUCUCCUGCUUGCUUUGCGUAUUUGGUUUUGUACGAGAAAUUCGACCCUCGGAGCCGUACGUAACGGAAUAUCUUCUCGGUCCGUGGCGCAACAUAACGGAGCAACAGCUUAUUCAAGAUGUUUAUCCGGUGGGCACAUAUUCGCAUCUGGUUCAAUUGGUUUUUGUGUUCCUAAUAACUGACUUUUUACGCUAUAAACCGUUGAUAAUUACUAUAGGUGCAGCUGGCGUAAUAAUAUGGAGCAUGCUCAUAUGGACAACCAGCUUGCUAUCAUUGCAAAUAUUGGAGUUCUUCUAUGGCACGUAUAUGGCCGCCGAGGUGGCCUAUUAUACGUACAUCUAUGCCAAGGUGGACAAAAAGUAUUAUCCACGUGUCACCUCCCACACGCGUGCAGCGAUGUUCGCUGGCAAGCUGAUCUCAGGGAUAACAUCGCAGCUGAUGAUCAAUCUGGAGCUGAUGAACUACAGACAACUCAACUACAUAACGCUGGCCACGCAAAUAUUGGCUAUGCUCUGGGCUUUCGGACUGCCAAAAGUUGAUAAGAGUCUUUAUUUCCAUCGCGAGGCCUUAGAGGAGUCGUCGACAGCGCCACCAUCAGCAAACCAGUUGCAGCUGGAACCGGAGGUGGAAUCUGGUCCCAUGCAACUGCUGUGGCAGCACUUUCACAAUGCCUACACAAAUCCGCGUGUGAUACAGUGGAGUCUCUGGUACGCCAUUGGCUUGGCUGGCUAUCUGCAGGUUACCUACUAUAUGCAGGUGCUAUGGAAGGUUAUCGAGCCCGAGCCGCAGAUUGCAUGGAACGGUGCCGUGGAUGCUGUGCUGACUGCUUUGGCAGCAUUAAGUGCUCUGGCAGCUGGAUACUUGCACAGCGGUCGAUUGAGGCCAAAGACCACUUUACUAGUGCUAUCAGUGCUAUCGGCGCUGGAGGGCGGCAGCGUUCUAAUCUGCUGCUGGACUAACGACAUCUAUUGGUCCUAUGUGGGUUUUGUCAUCUUUGGUGCUCUCUACGGCUUCACCAUCACUGUGGCCAGUGCGGAGGUGGCUCGCAAUCUGCAGGAGGAGAGCUUUGGCCUGGUCUUUGGUAUUAAUACGUUGCUGGCGUUGGUCUUCCAAUCACUGCUCACCAUUAUUGUCGUCUCCGAGACGGGCUUUGAGCUCAGCCCCGUGGACCAAUAUGCCGUCUAUGCUUUCUAUUUCAUAGCUGUGGCCCUCAUAUACUUUAUCUCCGUCUUGGUUGAGCAUCUAUGGCAACGCGGAUCAAAACAGGUCCACGCCAAAAGUGAAUCUUUAGAAUAGGUCUUUUAGAUUGCCCUUAAAUAUUUUAUUUAAACAAAUUAGCCCUUUUAGCAUUCCUUCAAUAACAUGAUAUUAGAAAUUUCAUGGUAAAUACUAUUUCUUAUUUUCUUUUUAUAAUGUACCAUAGUAUUUUCCCUUAUAAAUUCCAGUUAUUCAUUGAAAUGCUCUUAGGUUUUUAAAAUUAAUUAUUUGAAAAAUCGUUGAAAGUUAAAAAAAAGUGUAUUUUCUUUUAGAUAAAUAUAUUUGUAGUUUACCAUUUCGUUGCAGCCAAUUGUACUUCAAUUUACUGAUAUCAAUUAGUUGUACAUAGUACUAAAAAUGUUUAUAUAAAUUACAAAAAUAAAUUAAGUACUUAAAAUACUUUUGGAAUUGGUUU